AUGGGAGUAAAUUUACUAGAGGUUGGUAACAUGAGCAAUACGCAAAGAGGGUUUGCCUUAACAUGAGAAAUGCUUUGGGCGCGGCUUAACUCACUAUUACAGUACUAAACAUUAAAGGGACAUACACUCGCUCCGCUCGAGCCGCAUGCGCGGAAUUUUGAUCUACACUCGCGCAAAGCGCUCGGCUAAGCCCCGCCCACAAAACCCUGCCCAAGGGAUUGCUCAUGUUAAAAGAAACCUUUUGAGACCGCAUGGUUUUGUGGGCGGGGCUUAGCCGAGCGCUCUGCGCGAGUGUAAAUCAAAAUUCCGCGUUAGCGGCUCGAGCGGAGCGAGUGUAUGUCCCUUUAAUUUCGCACAGGCUUAAGCUCCGCCCACAAAACCAUGCCGCAAAAUUGCAGAGUCUUUUGCUCUACGAAGCUCUCUUCAAGAUCUCCGAACCCUGUUCCUUGUAUCAUACAAACCUCGAAUGUCAAUAUUUUCAAAUCCUAGUCACAACUGGAAAUUGUGGACUUGUCCUAAUUCAAAUCGCAAUGUCUAUCGAUCGAUUUUUGUGUCUAGUUUGGACAUCGGGUUGUAGUUCGACGAUUGCUAUGAUUUUAGGUGGAAGUGCGGUGAGUUUAAUAUGAGCAAUUAUUUUUUAAAAAAUCUCCUAACAUGAGCAAUCCUUCCAGUUCACCGCCUCAUUUUCCCUCUUCUUUUUCCUAACCCAAAAUGAUCCCAUGAACAAUUACGUAUCAAAUUGUGGCUAUUAUCCAACUGCUUCAUAUUCCAACUUCGAAUUCAUGUUAUCUGUCCUUUUUUACAUAACUCUAGCCAAUAUUCCCAUCGAUUUGGCAUUGCUCAGAUUAAGUUUUUGGCGAGAAAAACGAAUUUUGCGAUCUUUCAUUAUGCAGGAGAGAUUUGAGACAAGAUCUAGUUUGAAAUCCACACAAGCCAUGUUUAUUCUAUCGAUUUGUCAAUUUUCUUUUAUGGCUUCUUAUUCAGGAAUUACUUGGUUUUUAUUACAAGUUCAGGUUUAUAUGACAAGUUUUCAGUAUUCUGUGAUUUUAUCGCUUGUUUAUGUGAGUUUUUUUGGAUUCCUGAUGAAAUUUGGAGCUUUUAGACACCCAUUUUUAUAGGGUUUAGAGAAUUUUGGUGUAAAAAUCAAAUUUUCACCAAACAAUAUCAAAAUGGGUCUCGAAAAACUCCAAAUUUCACGCUGAACCUGAAAAUCCCUUUGAUUUUCCAGGCGACCCCAUAUGCUUGUCUAACUCUUCCCCUAGUUCUCUGCGCAAUUCUUCGAUUCAUCAAAAAUCAGCGAAAUCGAAGUAUUACAAGUUUGACAAAUCAUCGGGAAACCCAUGAAGAACAUAUGCAAAAAAUUACGAAGAUUUGGAAUUGA